AUGACUCAACCUGUGGGGAAGAGAAUUUUGAAGAUAAUUGAGAAGCAAAAAGAGGUUGCAAAGCAUUGUCUGGUUACUAGGUCUGACAAGUUUCAGUUUCAGGUUCAAUGCAGCAAUGGUAGUGCCUUGGUUGUCGAUUUGGAAUUCAGAACUUGUACAUGUAGGAGGUUUCAACUAUCUGGGCUUCCUUGUGGCCAUGCACUAGCUAUUAUCUGGUUCAUGGGAGAUAUGUGGCCUCAGACAGGACUCAACCCAAUUGAUCCACCACCUGAGACGAAGCUGCCUGGAAGACCUAAGAAAGCUAGGAGAAGGGAGACAGAUGAACCUCCACCUGCUUUAAAGAAAGCUUGA